AUGUCGACCGGCAUGGCGUCCCUUGUGUCGUACGGAACUGAUUCUGAUUCGGAUAAUGAGGGCGAUUCUAACGCUAGUCCAGAAAAAAUAGACCCCGACGCAAUCGCUCACCUUCUACCUUUAAGUUCUGGAAAAACAACUUCAUUAGCGAAGCUUAAUUCGGCUCCGGAGGUCGCCGUAAAGGAAGAUGUCGAGACAGGAACUCAUCUGGACCCCUCGCUCAAGGAGGUCACCUAUAAUCCCACAUACGAGACCAUGUUUGCCCCGGAGUUUGGCCCAGUAAACCCAUUUAAAACACAGCAGAUGGCAGCACCCAGGAACAUGCUGUCUGGCUAUGCUGAGCCAGCUCAUGUCAAUGACUUUAUGUUUGAGCAGCAAAGGAGGACCUUCUCUACCUUUGGCUACGCUCUUGAUCCAUCAGUGGACACCAGCCAAGUCUCAUCCAGUAGCUACAUCGGAGCAGUGGAGGAGGCAGAGAAGAACAAAGGAUUAACCGUUUUUGAGGCCGGUGCAAAGAAGGCAGAGAAAAGGAAGAAAGUCAAAGGAGGCGAUGCCUCUGAAAUCGACAGCUUCCUCGGACCCUGGGCCAAAUAUGUGGAUGAGAAGGAGGUCGCUAAACCAUCAGAAGAGGAGCAGAAGGAGCUGGAUGAGAUCACCGCCAAGAGACAGAAGAAAGGGAAGAACGAGGAGGAAGCCCCUGCAGAAGAGAAGACCAUACUCCACGUCAAAGACAUGUACGACUACCAAGGCAGGUCAUAUCUGCAUGUCCCUCAGGAUGUUGGAAUCAACCUGCGCUCUGUCGAUAUUCCGGAGAAGUGCUACUUGCCCAAAAAGCAGAUUCAUGUUUGGUCCGGGCACACAAAGGGCGUCAGCGCCAUCCGCCUCUUUCCUGUGUCUGGUCAUCUGCUGCUGUCGUGCUCCAUGGACUGCAAAAUCAAGCUAUGGGAGGUGUACAAGGACCGGAGGUGCUUACGUACAUUUAUUGGCCACAGUAAAGCGGUGCGGGACAUCUGUUACAACAACGCAGGAACCCAGUUCCUCAGUGCGGCCUAUGACCGCUACCUGAAACUGUGGGACACGGAGACAGGAAAGUGCAUCUCCAGAUUCACCAACAGGAAGGUUCCCUACUGCGUCAAGUUUAACCCCGAUGAGGACAAGCAGAACCUCUUUGUGGCCGGAAUGUCCGAUAAGAAGAUUGUCCAGUGGGACGUCCGGACCGGGGAAGUGGUCCAGGAGUACGAUAGGCAUCUGGGCGCUGUCAACACCAUCACGUUCGUGGACGAAAACAGGCGUUUCGUCAGCACGUCGGACGACAAGAGCCUGCGAGUCUGGGAGUGGGACAUUCCUGUGGACUUCAAAUACAUCGCCGAGCCCAGUAUGCAUUCCAUGCCUGCCGUGACGCUGUCGCCAAAUGGUAAGUGGCUGGCCUGCCAGUCUAUGGAUAAUCAGAUCCUCAUCUUUGGAGCGCAAAACCGAUUCCGGCUGAACAAGAAGAAAAUCUUCAAGGGACAUAUGGUGGCAGGCUAUGCCUGCCAGGUGGACUUCUCCCCCGACAUGAGCUACGUGGUGUCCGGGGAUGCUGACGGAAAGCUGAACAUCUGGGACUGGAAGACAACCAAGCUGUACCACCGCAUCAAGGCCCACGACAAGGUGUGCAUCAGCGCCCUGUGGCACCCUCACGAGACCUCCAAGGUGAUCACCUGCGGCUGGGACGGGCAGAUCAAGCUGUGGGACUAGAGCGGCGUCUGAGGGCUCGUGGCCCCGCAGAGUUCCAGUAGGGCUGGCAUCCAGUCUUACUGUUCUGUUAUUUUUACUGCAGAAUCAGCUCUCCACACGUGGGUGCUGUCAGUGCAGAGGAGAUGGUGAUCAGGUCUUGUCUCACUUCAGACAAAAUUUUAAAAGAAAGUAGCUUUGUUUUAAUGAAUCGUAUUGUCGUAACACAUUAACAGCAUUGCUUAUCUACCAUCUUAUGUGUUUUCAUUUGUGAAUUUCAAAAACACUUUUUCCACAUGUUUGCCCCUUUAUGAAAAUAAAUUUUUGUAUAUUUCCAGUCAGAAUCUUUGAAAAAUGUGGGUUUUCUUGUGUAACUCUUGGAAUUCCUUUUCAUGUAAGUGAAUAUAUGCGACCUCUAUAAACAGAAUAGUUAGUGUAUUGUAUGUGUGAAGCUACAUCUGUUGUAGGCAAGAAUAUCCAUACAUUGACUGUUGUCACAAAGAAGGGUCCUCUGAUACUCCAUGUCAGGGAUCUUCUCCACACAGACCAGAGUUUAUAAAAGACUUAGCCCCCUCAGCUACCAGUUAGGUGUGAUAUUGCCGCUGAAACAUAUUACUGAAAGCAGUACUGUCUUUGUCCAGCACAUCAGAUGUUGCUGGGAUGGGCACCACAAGAGAACCUUUAUGACUGCAUGUUAGCAUUGUACGGGGUCUGUGUGCUGUCAUCUCUCAGGACCUCAGUGCUGGAAUGUGAGGGAGGAAUAUGUUUACUGCUUGUACAUUCCUGUGCCUGGAUGGUGGAAAGUGCUCCUCUCUCCCAGUAUGACCCAAAUGCUUUAUUUUCACAUUCCAAAAUGUUUCAGCAGAAAUAAGUUCCGACAAAAUAACUCCAUUAAUUUCCAUGCAAGGGUUUGACACUUCUUUGUUUCCCCCCUGGUUUUUUUUUUUUUUUGUCACAUCAGAACGUUUUUAAUUAAAUGCUGGGUCUUCGCAUUGAUUUAUACCUUAAUCCUCAAAGGAACAAAGGAUCUCCGGUUCUCUGUAUUUGAAAAUCAGUGGCAAAGAAGAAUGGGAAUGGCGCGUUGAAUGAACUAAUCCUGAGAGUAGCCGGCUUGACAUUUGAUUAUUCAAGAGUGGAGUAAGGAAAUCUUUCCUUGAGGAACCCAUUCACUCAUUAUGGUCCUCGGGGCUGACUAAGG